GAUUGAAGACACACUUGAGAAGGUUGUAAAGCUGCUUGCCUACAUCAGUGAUAAAGAUCUCUUUGCCGAAUUUUAUAGGAAAAAACUCGCACGGCGGCUUUUGUUUGACAAAAGUGCCAAUGAUGAGCACGAGAGAAGUAUUUUGACAAAGCUGAAGCAACAAUGUGGUGGCCAGUUCACUUCAAAGAUGGAAGGAAUGGUUACAGAUUUAACAUUGGCAAAGGAAAACCAAUCCCACUUUGAGGAGUACUUGAGCAACAAUUCAAAUGUUAGUCCCGGGAUUGACUUGACUGUAACCGUGUUGACGACCGGCUUCUGGCCAAGUUACAAAUCUUUUGACCUAAAUCUUCCAGCAGAGAUGGUAAAGUGUGUUGAAGUUUUCAGAGAGUUUUAUCAAACGAAAACAAAGCACAGGAAACUUACAUGGAUAUAUUCAUUGGGUACCUGCAACAUUAAUGGGAAAUUUGAACCGAAAACCAUGGAGCUCAUCGUCACAACCUAUCAGGCAUCUGCUCUACUACUGUUCAACUUGUCAGACCGAUUGAGUUAUCAGGAAAUUAUGAGUCAGUUGAACUUGUCAGAUGAUGAUGUUGUUAGGCUUCUUCAUUCUCUGUCGUGUGCAAAGUAUAAGAUUCUUAUCAAGGAGCCAAAUACCAAAACAAUCUCUCCAACCGAUUACUUUGAAUUUAACUCCAAGUUUACAGAUAAAAUGAGGAGGAUCAAGAUUCCUCUACCUCCUGUGGAUGAGAAGAAAAAGGUAAUUGAGGAUGUUGAUAAGGAUAGGCGGUAUGCGAUUGAUGCUUCGAUUGUGCGUAUCAUGAAGAGCAGAAAGGUGUUGGGAUACCAGCAGUUGGUUAUGGAGUGUGUUGAACAGUUGGGCCGCAUGUUUAAGCCUGAUGUAAAAGCAAUCAAGAAGAGGAUUGAAGAUCUGAUAACACGUGAUUAUCUUGAAAGAGACAAAGAGAACCCGAACUUGUUCCGGUACUUGGCAUGAAUCUGUUUAUGGUUAUAGUUGGAGGUGAUCAAUUAGAAGCCCAAAUGGCAUGAAUUUCGGAGUAACGCUGGUGCUUCUAAGUUUGAUUGGCAGAAGGUUACCGUGUAGAUGUUGCCAAUGUUUUGGAUUGAUGAUUGAACGACACCGUGACACGUAUCUCUUUUAAGUUUUCUAUAAGCCAAUAUGAUGAUGAUGAUCUUUGUUUGUGGAUAUUGUAAUGUAAUAUUCUCUGUUUUGCUACUUACAUUAGUUUACAGAUGACAAAAUUGGCUCACUUUUCAUAUUUGGCUUUAUUAUAUGACUUGUUUUGUUGCUUGUA